AUGAGUUUAUCGUAUCCAUACAUUCCUUUCUCCGCUCCUUUCCUUGCGCUCUCCCUCUCCAGCUCCUCGGAACCAGCUUCCACAGGCUCCAUCACGGUCCUCUCCAACCUCAACCUCCUCUUCACACCCCCACUCCCGCUCCUCUCCCUAUCCCCGUCCGAAAGCGGGACCUCGCCGCCCUCGCGCUCCCUCCACGUCUUUCGACGCCUCUUGACGCGCCCGCCUUCCCCAUCCGACAACCCCCCAUGGCGCCUCGCGUAG